UAUGACCCCUCCAACAGUGAACGCCUACUAUUCCCCCACCAAGAACGAAAUUGUGUUCCCAGCCGGGAUCCUGCAGGCUCCUUUUUACACCCGCACCUCCCCCAAGGCACUGAACUUUGGUGGCAUUGGUGUCGUCGUGGGCCACGAGCUGACUCAUGCCUUUGAUGACCAAGGGCGGGAGUAUGAUAAAGAUGGGAAUCUGCGCCCUUGGUGGAAGAACUCCUCUGUGGAGGCCUUCAAGCAGCAGACUGAGUGCAUGGUGGAACAAUACAGCAACUACACCGUGAACGGCGAGGCAGUGAAUGGCAAACACACUCUGGGAGAGAAUAUUGCUGACAACGGGGGCCUCAAAGCUGCAUAUCGGGCUUAUCAAAAUUGGGUGAAGAAGAAUGGGAAUGAGGAGUCUUUGCCGACGCUUGGCCUCUCCAACAACCAACUCUUCUUUGUGGGAUUCGCCCAGGUCUGGUGUUCAGUUCGCACCCCGGAGAGCUCCCACGAAGGACUCAUCACUGACCCCCACAGUCCAUCGCGUUUCCGAGUCAUUGGUACCAUCUCCAAUUCCAAAGAGUUCUCUGAGCACUUCCACUGUCCUUCCGGCUCCCCUAUGAACCCCCAGAAGAAGUGUGAAGUUUGGUGAAAGGAAAAGGACCAGGAAAUAGUGGAAACUAACUUUUGGCUUAUUGUUCCUUCAUCAAGAAUUGAAUUUCCCAGGCUGUCUGCUCAAAGGGCAGUUUCUUCUUUCAACGAACUGUAAAACUCUCAGCAGGAACGGAUCCCUGAGCCCUAGGUAUCAUCAUGGGGGGGAGAGGGAUAGCUCAGUGGUUUGAGCAUUGGCCUGUAUUGGCUUGCUAAACCCAGGGUUGUGAGUU